AUGCCAAACACAUUACCGGAAAGCGCGAAGAUGGUAACCCGAGACUUCAUCGGUUUUGUUCUCUUCCAUAUCAUUUCCGUUCCUUUCCUGCUCCUCCGAGUUGAGAAUAUCAAGGUCCACAUUGUGGUUGCCAACAUUGUUGCCUUCAUUGUAAUGCUGUCCAUCAUGAUAUGGGCAGUCACUACAGCCGGCGGUGCAGGUCCUCUUUUUGCACCCGGAGCCCGGAACCCGACAACACUGCCUGAUGGCUGGAACUGGGUAUACGGCAUUAUCGCUUCUGUCGGUGGAAUUUCUGCUGGUAUCCUGAACCAAUCCGAUUUCACUCGUUUCACUCGGAAGCAGGGUGUCCAGGUUCCUGGCAUCCUUUUCUCAUUGUUUGUACCUGGCAUGGUCGUUCCCAUUUUCGGCAUCCUCACGGCCUCCUGCUCAAUGAAGAUAUACGGCGGUUCCCCGUUCUGGAACCCCCUCGUCCUGAUUCAGCAGUGGCUGCUCACCGAUUACUCAGCCGGUGCAAGAGCUGGUGCUUUCUUUGCCAGCCUUGGCUUCAUCAUCAGUCAGCUGGCAGAGAAUAUUCUUGGAAACGGUUAUGCUGCUGGUAUGGACUUGGCUGGACUUUUCCCUGCAUGGAUUUCCAUCCGCCGAGGCGGAUUGAUUGCUGCUCUGCUUUCCUGGGCGGUACAGCCAUGGCUCUUCUACAACUCAUCCUCAGUCUUCCUCUCUGUUGCGUCAUCCUUCUCCGUAUUCAUGGGACCUCUGACCGGAAUUAUGAUUGCCGAUUAUUUCAUCAUCCGGAAGCAGAAGAUCGAAGUCAGUCAGUUGUACACAGGUUCUCCAGAGGGUUCAUACUGGUACUGGCAUGGCUUCAACUGGCGCGCCAUCGUUUCUUGGGUUGCAUGCUUUGCUCCUGCAAUGCCCGGCAUGAUUGCGGCCGUGAACAAGUCUGUCCAUGUCAGCGACGGCCUUUACAAAUACUAUCUUGGAAACUACAUAUUCGGCUUCUGCGAAGCUGCAGUGCUCUACACCGCCCUUUGCCUAACCUUCAAGGUCAAGCGCGCGGGUGAGCAGGAUGAUCACGACAUGUACGGUACUUUCUCCGAGGCAGAUGCCAUGAGGAAGGGCAUGGCUCCCUUUGAGCCUGCUAAGGUCAUUGAUGAUACGGACGUCCAAGGAUACAACGGAGAAUCGUCAGGACACAAUGCCAGGAGCUCUAAAGAUGAUCGUAUUGCUCAGGCAUGA